AUGGAAAUGGUUGUGAGGUUCUUAGGCGAUAGAAGCAAUUAUGCUGCUUCUCCUCCUUCUAGCGCAAAUUGUUUCUGCAAGGAUCCGACAACCCGGUCCAAAGCACGAUUCAGAACUCUUCCUGGUAAUCUUGUUGUUGGGAUUAUACUUAAAGAAAUGGGAUUAUUGAAGAAUCUUACUGUGUUGGAUCUUGGAGCGAAUCAGUUAUUCAGGCCGAUUUCUCGUGAGAUAGGAAAUUUGAGUAUCGUUAAGAAUAUUAAUCUACUGUCAAAUGGAUCGACUGGAAUGCUAUAUCAUGAGCUUGGCCACUUGAAGUCUCUUCAGGAGCUUCCCUUGGACAGAAAUAAGCUCCUUGGAACUGUGCCUGGUGCUGCCACUGCAGAUUACAAACCCAACAUGCACGGAAUGUAUGCAACCGAUGGGAAUGCUACAGGUCUUUGUCACUUGUCUCAGCUACAAGUUGCUGAACUCUCAUAUAACUUUUUUGGUGGAAACAUCCUGAAAUGCUUGCCACAUCUGCCAAGCGCAAGCUUUCAGGGUAACUGUCUUGAGGGCAGGGGUUUGAAGCAGCACUCGGAUGCACAAUGUGGAUCUUCUAUAUCUGCCAAAUCUCAUUCAAAUUCCAAUGCCAACGCAACGCAUAUAAAGAAAUCAACAUCAUCUCUGAUAACUACUUACUAUAAAUCAUCUAUAAUCAUCCCUUGGAAGAAAUCUGGAAGUGAUAAAGAACGCUUGGCGGUAUAUACUGAUUCUGAGUUGUUGAAAGAUAUACAAAGAUUCAACAGACAAGACCUUGAAGUAGCAUGCAAUAUCAUUGGAUCUUCCUCUGAUAGUAUGAUUUACAAAGGCACUACGAAAGGUGGAUCUGAGAUUGCAGUGAUAUCCUUCUGCGUCAAAGAAGAGCAGUGGACUGGCUAUCAUGAGCUUUAUUUCCAGAGAAAGGUGGCAGAUUUAGCAAGAUUAAAUCAUGAGAAUGCUGCUAAGCUUCUGGGUUAUUGCCGAGAGACUCCUCCUUUCACACGGAUGCUUGUUUUUGAAUAUGCGUGUAAUGGAACUCUGUAUGAACACCUGCAUUCCAUGUUUGCGGAUGGAGAGGGCUGCCAGCUGUCCUGGACUCGGCGUAUGAAAAUCAUAAAAGGCAUCGCCCGUGGAUUGAGAUAUCUUCAUACAGAACUUCACCCUCCAUUCACUAGUGCUGUAUAUCUUACUGAAGAUUUUUCACCCGAGCUGGUUGAUUUUGAAAGCUGGAAUACUAUCAUUGCAAGAUCAGAGAAAAAUUCUUCUGCCAUAGAUAGUAAUGGUGCUAUCUGUGUUCUGCCACAUUCAAUUGAGGCACAUCAUUUAGACAUAAGGGGUAACGUUUAUGCAUUUGGAGUACUCCUGCUCGAGAUAGUCAGUGGCAGACCUCCCUUCUUCAAAGACACAGGAAGCUUGGUAGAUUGGGCUAGGGAAUAUCUUGAAGUGCCUGAAGUAAUGCCCUAUACUGUAGAGAAACAAUUGAAGCAUUCUGAAUAUGAGGACCUCAAAGCGGUUUGUGAGGCAGCAAGACUUUGCCUGAAUCCUGAUCCUGUCAAGCGACCAUGGACAUGUUACGUCCUGUGCACUUUGCUGGAGAGCUGGAUUGAUCUCUUUAUGUCAGCUGAGCUCAGAUCAUCUUCUUUGACAUGGGGACUGUGGGCAGAACUAGCUCUCUUGACAUGUUACAGUUCAAAUUAAUAUACUGACAAACACAUUCUGUAUAGCUAGCUUAAAAGAUGUUAUGAUGAUACCUCUCUGGAUUUUUUCAUUCUUGAAGAUCAUGUAAAGCUGUUUUCGGCUUCUGGCUUAGGAAAAUAUAUACUACUUAUGGAUAGGAAAACUUUGUGGGAUGCCAUAGGUGCUCCUGCCUAGAAUGUACUGAGUAUCUUACUAGUAGAUUGAUAU